CGCCCCCCUUCAAUGCACAGGCGCACUAACUUUCACAAGGCCGCCAUUUUGUGCGGAGCCCACUCUGCAAAAGCGUGAGAGGAUUAAAACCGCAGGAGAAGAAGGGCGCAAUUCUCAACCAUCUCGAUCUGAUUGAAAAAUAUACUCUGGGCUUUCUGUCGAAUUCAGCGAGGAAUUAAACGACGAAGAGCAGGUUGAGUGUCAGGUAACAGUCAGGAGUGUUGAGUGAGAAAUUGAGCAAGCCAAGCAGAUCUAGAAAGAUGAAGUAUUCCUUUCUAGAGCAGUUAUUACCGAUGGACGGAGGACCAACGGAUGUUGUGGUUGAGGCCAAGGACUUCACCUAUGAGGGGGAGGAGGUGGUGGCAGACCUGCUCCAGCAAGCAGCAGAAGGGGUGAUGGACCAGCAGCCAGAGGGAGUUGCUGGUCUGGAUACCCAGCAGCUGGUGGAGGGAGUCAAUGUGGAGAUGAUGGUAAUGGACUCCCUGGACCCGGCCCUGCUGCAGUUGAAGACUGAGGUGAUGGACGCCCCUGUGGCUACAGCCCACGAGGCCACGGUCACCACGGUGGAUGAGACCCAGAUCAUCACUCUGCAGGUUGUCAACAUGGAUGAGCAGCAGCUGGGAGGCCUCGGGGAGCUACAGCUGGUCCAGGUCCCUGUCUCUGCUGUCCCUGUCACCCAGGCUACUGUAGAGGCGCUACAGGGUACCUUCGUGGACACCACGGCCAUGCCCAAAGACGGGAACCCUGUUAUCUGCCACACCCUGCCCCUGCCAGAGGGAUUCCAGGUGGUGAAGGUGGGUGCGAAUGGUGAGGUUGAAACAGUGGAGCAGGAUGAGCUCCAGCACCAAGAGGCACAGCAGGUCCAGCCUGAGGAGGAGGAGGAGGAGCUGCACUGUGAGCCCCAGCCUGAAGAACCACAAUGGGCCAAGGACCCCGACUACCAGCCCCCAGCCAAGAAGACCAUCAAGAAGGCAAAAAAGAGCACGCUGCGCUACAACACAGAGGGGGAUAAAGACAACAUGGACGUGUCUGUGUAUGAUUUUGAGGAGGAGCAGCAGGAAGGGAUGCUCUCGGAGGUCAACGCAGAGAAGGUGGUGGGCAACAUGAAACCCCCCAAACCCACCAAAAUUAAGAAAAAGGGUGUGAAGAAAACAUUCCAGUGUGAGCUGUGUAGCUACACCUGUCCCCGCCGCUCCAACUUGGACCGACACAUGAAAAGCCACACAGAUGAGAGGCCCCACAAGUGCCAUCUGUGUGGAAGGGCCUUCAGGACUGUUACCCUGCUAAGGAACCACCUCAACACACACACAGGUACCAGACCACACAAGUGUCAAGAUUGUGACAUGGCCUUCGUGACCAGUGGAGAGUUGGUCCGACAUCGUCGCUACAAGCACACUCAUGAGAAACCCUUCAAGUGCUCCAUGUGUGACUAUGCCAGUGUAGAGGUGAGCAAGCUAAAGCGGCACAUCCGUUCCCACACUGGGGAGCGUCCUUUCCAGUGCAGUCUGUGCAGCUACGCCAGCAGAGACACCUACAAGCUGAAGAGACACAUGAGGACACACUCUGGAGAGAAGCCGUAUGAGUGCUAUAUUUGCCACGCCCGUUUCACCCAGAGUGGAACCAUGAAGAUGCACAUCCUGCAGAAGCACACAGAGAACGUGGCUAAGUUCCACUGCCCCCACUGUGACACAGUCAUCGCCCGAAAGAGUGACCUGGGCGUCCACCUGCGAAAACAGCACUCAUUCAUUGAGCAGGGCAGGAAAUGUCGUUACUGUGAUGCUGUGUUCCACGAGCGCUACGCACUCAUCCAGCACCAGAAGUCCCACAAGAAUGAGAAACGCUUCAAGUGUGACCAGUGUGAUUACUGCUGCAGACAGGAGCGCCACAUGCUGAUGCACAGGCGCACCCACACAGGAGAGAAGCCUUACGCCUGUAGCCAGUGUGAGAAGACCUUCCGUCAGAAGCAGCUCCUGGACAUGCAUUUCCGGCGUUACCAUGACCCCAACUUUGUGCCCACCGCCUUUGUGUGCACCAAGUGUGGCAAGGCCUUUACCCGCAGGAACACAAUGGCCAGACAUGCAGAGAACUGUAACGGGGAUCCUAGUGAAGGAGAGAACGGAUCCCCACCCAAGAGAGGACGAGGCGGGAGGAAGAGGAAGAUGCGCUCAAGGAAGGAUGAAGACGAUGAUGAUGACGAUGACGACAGUGAGGACAAUGCUGAUCCUGAGCUGGAUGACAUUGAUGAAGAGGAUGAGGAGGCUGAGGCAGCACUGCUGGAGGAAGAGGAGGAGGAGGAGGAGAUGAUGGAGUUGGAGCAGGCUCCACCCACCAAACCUAUUCCUGCCCCUGUAGAGCCACCUGUCAAGAGGAAACGCGGCAGACCUCCCAAGAACAUCCCCAAACCCUCCCCUCCCGCCAAAGCCAGCAAGGCUGCCCCCAAAGGCAAGGCUGCUUCAGCUGCAGCCGUCAUCCAGGUGGAGGAUGAGAAUACCGGCGCCAUAGAGAACAUCAUAGUGAAGAAGGAGCAAGAGGCUGAACAGGCUGCCCCAGAGGUGGUGGUGGAGCAACCAGAGGAGGCAGGGGUGGAGACGGUGGAGCUGCCUGUAGCAGACGCUGCCCCCAACGGAGACCUCACCCCUGAGAUGAUCCUCAGCAUGAUGGACCGGUGAUCUAGCCCACACAGACUGCUCAAAGACGUCCCCUUGUCUCAACCUUUCCCUUCAACAAGUCUACUCUCUUCAUACGAUCUGCCAUCUUACAAACCACUCCGCUUUACACUUUUGGUUUUUGUCUUAAACAAAUCGGUGUGUUUUCUUAUCACUCUCAAAACCACUUCCUUCCAUGCAUUCACUGUAACAGUUUAAGUUCUAGCUGCUUGGUCUGUAGAAAUGUAGAUAUUUUUUUGUGGGAGGAAUGUUGUAGAAACGUGUAAUAAUGGAUCCCUUCAUGGAGGGAUCGUAGCUGAGGUUUGACAUUGGGACUUUCUAUAGUGGUCUUAUUUUUUUCCUCUAACUAAUAAACUAUUUUCUUAACCUGUUUGUGAGCUUGACAUGGCAACAGUGCCAGUAAUUUCAGCCUUGUUAUCUAGGACCUCUGCGGUAGACUAAAACUAUUACUUUCACUGUCAAAGGAAGUCCUUCCAUUUUUUAACACUUUAUUCACUGCAUAUUACAUUUUACUUACUGUUAUACUUGUCACAGAUUAUGGAGUUUGUAGAGGCUUACAUUAACUACUAUAAUCGGGGACAGUGACAUGCAUUAAGACUGCAGUUAUGUUGUACAAACGGUCAUCUCGGCUGGUUUUGCUUGUAAAUACUUUUUUUGUUUUAUUACAAACAUAUUUUAAUCUUUUUCUAGUGAUCUAAAAAACUUUAAUGCUGGGAGAAAGGAACUGUUAACCAUAGUUGUUUGGAACACAGGCAGUAUGUGGAUUUCUAAUCUCUAAAGUGGGAGGCUUUGCCCACUCUGUAAAUCAUGUUGGGGAUAUGAUCUUUCAGGUUUUGAGCUUUUUAGCCUGAAUAUCUAGUGUUCUUUUUGGAGGUACAGAGGUUAGCAGCUUUACUCACUCUUAACCUACCUAACAUCUCGACCGCAUGGACUAAUGUUAGAGGUUUUGAAAGAUGACCAUGUACGUCUUGUUUUGCUUUUCAAGAUAAGGUAGAGCGAUUGUGAUGUAAAUUGCGCCCAUGUUCUGGAAAGCUUUAAUCAAGUUCUGUGUGAAACUGUAAAGGGGGGAGGUGUCCAAUUGAACUAGCUUCAGGUCUAUACUGUAAAGGGGGGAGAUGUCCAAUUGAACUAGCUUCAGGUCUAUACUGUAAAGGGGGGAGGUGUCCAAUUGAACUAGCUUCAGGUCUAUACUGUAAAGGGGGGAGGUGUCCAAUUGAACUAUCUUCAGGUCUUAACUGUACUAGCUUCAGGUCUUAACUGUAAAGGAAAGAUGAUGAUUAAGGCUUUGGGAAUCUUGUGAAGCAGAAUGUUUCUCCCAGUUAAUUUCUCAAACCAUUUUGUUCUAAUGGUGCAGUUGUGUUGUGGGAUGUAUACAGAUGCGGACAGAGGGCCUCGUGGAAUUCUGAUUAGGAGGUUCAAAAAGGGGAGGAGACAACUAUAAGGGAAAUAUAUUUUGUAUAAAGGUUGUUAGUCAUUUCAGAGAACAAUGCCCUUUCUUUCAGACCAUUUGACGCUGAUACAACAUGAAGCUUCCUUCUAUAUGUAAUUGCAUUUAAAUAGCUUUUGUCAAGCUCUUAAAAAUUCUAGGUUGAUGCAUUUUUGUACCUGGCUGUACUGUGUGAAUUUUACAAUGAACUGAAAACCAACAUAAAUACAUGUAUUGUUGGGUUGAGAGGGCAUGUUGGUAUGCGGAAUGUAUUACUGUACAGCUAAUAAAGAUAUUGGCCUACU